AUGUCCCUGCUCAAACGGAGGAAAUUCAGGACUUUCGCCCUCCUGUUUUGUGUCAUUAGUUUCACAAUGUUCCUGUUCAGCUACACUUUUCGGGACCCGUCGCUGUAUUUUUUCAAGCACGCGUUUCGGCUUUCAGACGGCUUUUUCUCCAAAGGGCUCUGUGCCUGCCGCCAGUGCAUAGCAGAGCUGGAGGAUGACCCAUGGUUCGCUGAGCGCUUCAAUCAGUCCAUUCACCCGCUGAUGACCAGGGAGAACAGCGUCCUCUCUGACGAGACCUUUAAGUGGUGGCAGUGCACCACUUCUUUAAGCAUUGAUGCCACGUGGCCCAAAGAAACGCUCCUCAAGGUUCUUCUAGAAACAUGCUUUGCUGCCCUUUCUGAGGUUGUUAUGCUUGAAAAUGGAGCUGUGGCUCUCUCUGAGGCCUCUUCUUGCUCUGUGACCCAGUGGUUGCAGUCGGAGAGGAACCCGGCCAGCUUCAGUGAAGUGGUGGAGCAGCUGUUCCAGGUCAUCCCUGAUGAGGCGCUGUACAUGGACGCCGGCCCUGUGCGCUGCAGGAGGUGCUCUGUGGUGGGGAACUCUGGGAACCUGAAGGGGUCCCACUACGGGCGCCUCAUUGACUCCAGUGAUUUCAUCAUAAGGUCAGUGAACACUUGA